AUGUCUUUCAACGACGGCAAGCAGCUGCUGGUCUUUGGCCUGAGUUUUGUCCAGCAUGACAAUCGCAAGAUGCAACAGCUCCUCCGUCAUUACGACAAACUUCCCGACAACCCAGGCAACCGCGCCAUCCUGUUUUUCGAGCUCAACAAGGUUGCCAAGGACUUGAUGGCCGACGAGGGUGCCCAGGACCAGAUCCAACAGUUGACCGACUGGAUGACCAAGGGCGGCGACUUUCCACUCACCAUCGAACCAACCCCAGCUGGCGCUGGAGUGCAGCCUCAAACGACACAGGAUAUGACCAGGAAUGACAUGGAUUUUAUCCGCAAUCGCUCGCUUUUCGCAGGUCAACAAGGCUACCACGGUCCAGUGGACGGUGAAUGGGAAGAAAAUGAGAAUGAGGAUGAGGAAGAGGAUGUGAAUGCUUCGAUGGAGGAAGACGAAGACGACGAUGAGAUGCAUCAUCCAAUGGUGGACCCUCGACACGUGGAUCGACGAAAUUGGCUUGAUGAUUCGGCACGGCGCGACCUAUUCGCAGGACCCGGUCGCACAUUAAGCGAUCCUCCUGCAAACAUGGGUGAGACCAUUGCUGCGAAUGAGGAUGACAGGACCGAAUCUUUGAAUGUCGAUGGACAGGUCGUCGAAGGGCCACAGAAUCAGUCUGCCGAAAUCGAUCAUGGUCAGCCCGACAGUGAUGCCCCUGGCCUUCAGCAUCCUUCCCGGUUGCCUCAAGCAGCUGAAAACUACGAGGCUCGUGCAGCUCCUUGGAUCCAGGAGCGUGUCGACGAAGUGACCUAUGAAAACGGACCAUUCAUGCACCCAGACGAGCCUGACGAUGUGGAAGAAAUCGAGUGCCCCAUCUGCCUCGAGGACUACCCCCGAUCCAGAUUUCCCAAGCGCCAAACCAUCACGGAGCUCUGUGAUCACCCUGACAAGGCCUGUUUGAACUGCCUCGACUCUUCCAUUACAGCAAUCAUCGAGCGCGGAGCCCUCCACUUACUCGCCUGCCCGAUCUGCCCGCAGAAGCUUUCUCCGCGGGACGUCAAGGAGUACGCUAAUCAAGCAGUCUACGAGAGGUACAAGUACCUGAAGCAGCAGUCCGAGAUCCCAGGCCACUACAUCUCCUGUACAAACACAUUAUGCGGUGGUAGCCAGCCACACGAGAGCGAGGACCCGAUGAUGAUUUGCAAUCACUGCAAGUCCGCCACAUGCGCCAAGCACAGGCGUCCAUGGCAUGAGGGCCAGACUUGUGAGGAGUUUGAUCUGGACGAUGCCCAGAUCGAGCGCCUGGAAGAGGAAGAAGCCACCGCCAAGCUGCUGUCACGGGAAGACAUGAGCAUCUGCCCUAAGUGUGGCCAGGGAGUGACCAAGACCGAGGGCUGUGACCACAUGCGUUGCCAAUGUGGGCAGGAGUGGUGCUAUGUUUGCUCAUGCUCGUACGAGAACAUCAUCCGCCUCGGCCCAACAGCCCACGCAACCUUCUGCACCUACCACCCCAACAAGGUCAACCUGACCAAGACCCAGCAAGAAGCCGCGCGCAAACGCAUCAUGGGCCUCGUCCACGGCGGCGAGGUCAGCGCCGAGCUCUCCCGGGCCCGAGAGGACCUGCGCCGCCGCCGCCGCGAGGAGAUCCGGCCCAAAGCUGCCGAGGCUGCCGAAGCCAGGUUGAGGGCCCAGCUGGAGCAGAAUAAGGGCCAGCCGCAGCCUAACGGCCCGCCUGAGAAGAAGAAGCGGAAGGUCAAGCUGUUUGCGCCUUGGGAGGAGGGCGGUUGGACUAAGAAGGCUCUUUGA